CAGGGAGAGGCGCUGUUAUGACAGAUUACGAAGUACCUCUAUUUGGUGGAGGACUAUGUUGUGAAAUCUUUCAAUUAGUUAUAUUUUGAUAAAUAGUUUAAUUUUUGGGUUAUUUUGUAGAUUUUUUUGAGGACGCAAUGAAYAACUUAACUGGAGGAUGGAACUUUUCAACGACGCAAAUGUUUUGUUGAGGACUGUUCAGGACUGUUUUAUUCUCUGACUGGUUAGCUACUAGCUAGCUAGCCAAGUUGAGUGUUAAUGGUUAGCUACUGUAGCUAGCUAGCUAACCCUAAAAAGUCACGUCUCCAGCUGGCCGCCUAACCUAAUUUCCCUUAAAAGUUAUUGUAAGGGAUAUAUCUCUCUAGUUGACAGUAUUGGUCAAGUAUGUGUUUGUUUAGCCUUUGUGCGACAACAGGAAUUGCGUUUGAGUACUUUAUACGGUUAGCUAGUUACGAAUAGUCGCUUGCUGUAACUUGAGCCAAGUCUGACUUCAUCUAACAAAAAUGAGAUAGAGGGAAGACACCAAGGACAUUUCCCGCUGAUUUAGCUUAUCUGAAUUGGACCGAAAGGUUUGUGUGUAAGGCCUGCAGGUCGGGCUUUCACCCAGAUAGAGUAGGGCUCUACGCCGCCUCUGAGCACUCCUAGGCCAGCAGCUCGCGCUGCUAGGCUGGAGGCCGGUGAUUUCAAGAAAUGGAACGAAUGGAAGUGGACCAGUGCGCAGGCGCAGCUGCCGGGAGCGGAGGCGGGGCUCUUCGUAGAUCGAACAGCGCCCCCAUGAUCACAAGUGUCAGUGAUGGUAUGACAGUGUUCAGUCCAACUAUUUCAGCCCGGUAUCGACGGAGCAGUGUCUCUGUCAACCCCAGCUGUCCUUCUCUGGCCAUCCCCCUGUCCCCUUUCUCAUUGGGUGGUGAGAGACCAGACCACAAAAGGCAGGAAGAGAAUAUGGAGAUGACACUCAGGGGGAGUCUUCAGAGACUGAGUGCUUCCAACCUGGUCCCUCCUGUCAGUCACUGGCAUGACCAUUCAUCAGUGGGAUUCCAUUUACCGGACAGUGGUGUCACACCCAAUUCGUCCCCUAGUCCAACUCGAAGGUUUAGGGGGCCAACAGUCAACUCUACUGUGAGAUGGCCUGCCCUGACUCCACUGAAAAGGAAAGGAGGAGUGGAGUCUGAUGGUCCGCCGAAGAAGCUGUUUGUUGCAGGUGUAACAGAUCCUGCUCACCGAACUAGUUACACAGUCAGUGUGUCUCAGGCAUCUGCAGACUCUCCUACAGGUGGUGUGUCUGUGUGUGGUGCUAGUCCCCAGGGUAGUGCCCUGUACCUGUCUCCUCCCCCCUCAUUCACCUCUCACCAGCCCAAUAUCUAGAAACCACAACACCAGCAGCCUAUCACAGACCAGGACUACAGUCAGUCCUAGAUUCUACUCACAGCCUAUCAGAGCGCUCCUCUCCCUCAAACCAUCAGAGCCUUGGGGAAACUCAUCAUAUUCCUUGGCUCCUGAAGUAAUGUCUUGAGUUGAAAUCAAGAUAAUAUAUAGAUGUUACACAAAGACUGGCACCUGUGCUUUGUUAAUCAGAAGGUUGCAUGAAAUGCCCUGCCAAAGGAAGUCAGGGGUGAAGAGACUAUAUUUUUCCUUGUUGGGCUUUUGUUUAUAUCAAAGUUAGAGGUGUUAAAAGGCCUUGUCUGAAAUUGUGUUCAGGGGUAAUGGUGAGGGCACGUUGUAAUCCCACUGAACGUGACCCAAUAGCCCAGUAUUCUUUGAUAGUCCAGAAGUAAGCGCUCAAAAAUGAGACAUGAAGACAAGGUGUCACAGCAGACUGUCGAGCCAGCGGUGGCUCAGUUUGUCUAUGUGAAUACUGAUAUAAGCAGGGCUGCCUUUAAGGCAGGACUGGGAGUGGGUUCUCUGGCUGAAGGGGUUUGUUCUGUAGAUAUAGAAUCCCUAGGCAAAGCUCUGCCCAGAGGACCCACCCAGUCCUGGUCCUUUAUGGCCUAAACCUAAUGAGAGAUCGGCAUGGAUACUCACCUCUUGACAGGUGUGUGUGAACUUUAGUUUGAUAGAAGGGACCUCGACUGGUGAUCUCAGUCCUCUGGGUAGUGCGUGAUAUUACCCUUUCUCUACAUGCAUACUACUUUAAAAAGGGUAGCCUGUGGGGUGUUAUCACAUUUUCCCAUUGAUUACAUGAAUGUUAUUACAGUAUUUGACUUCUGUAAUGUGGUAUGGUUGUACAUGCUCAGGACCCUCGUAGAUAUUGUGAAAUAUCAUAAGUGACAUCAUGGGUAUAUCAUGUUGUUUGGGUUGAUGUAAUCUAUGGGAAAGUUCUGUUUUUUAAUCCCAUGCAUGAGUCUGUGACCUSCAGACCUUUUGACUUGUGAAAUAGAGUACAAGCUGCUUAGAGAAGUKUCUUAUACAAAAACAAAUAAUGUUAAUGAUAGUAACUAUGUGUAAUACUCUUCAAAUGCCCUUUCCAGAGCUGAGUUUUACAGCAACAGACAGAUUCGUUUCUCUAAAUCUGGUCUCCUUUUUGUGGACGGAACAUUCUACUUCCAAUUAAGAUUUUGCACAGUAUUAGUUUCACAUUAUUAAUCAAUAUUACUGUUACACAAAUGGGAUCCUGAUUAAGACAUGCUGUUGCGUUGUAUAUUUGUUGCUUAAUUUGCUCAUUUCUCAUCGGGUCUCUGUCCUGUCUCAAAGAAGUGCUUAGGUCAGCAAGAGUUGAGGGUCAUCUUCUGAUCUUAACCCCAGAUUUAGAAACGUUGUUUGUUUUUCCUCAGUGACAAUCAGUGAAUUUGGAGGGAAAUAAAAACUCCAGUUGUUUUAAGUUCUAUUCAUGUUAACUUGUUGUUCUCAAUAAUGUMGUUUGGUUCCUUUGGCACAAAAUAUUCUAUGACGCUGGCAUACAUUGUUUAAAUUGACAACCAGCGUCAGUUUCAUUUCUCUCAAAAGCUGUAUGAUUGAGACACUAAUGUAGAUCAUCAAUCAACUCACAUUCCCAAAUUUAUCUUUCUUACACCAUGUACAGAAAUAUAUUGUGGCUUUCGACAUGUAUUUUAUACUAUUUCCUGAGUAUGGGAAGAUCCUGUAAAUGCAUACUAGGUUAAAUGACAUGAACAUCAAUAGAAGAUCUCUUAUCUCAUAACUAACUMAAUUUUAUCUGCAGUUAGCCAGAGGUUAACUUGCAAUCAAAUGGCACUAAUAUUCAGUGGUAGUUUCACCAAUCCCAUCCUGUUGCAGAGGAUGAACUAUAUAGGGAGGGAAAUACAAUGAGUUGGAGAUGACCUGAAGCCAAAUAUAAAAUAUUUUAAUCUCCUGUUGAUGUUCAUUGCAGUUGACCCACAGGAUUGGCAUGCCUUAUCAGCCACAAUCUUAAAAAUUGUUUUCGAAAAACGACAUGUCAGUGUUAGAGGGCUCCUUUUUUUCUGGUUUUCAAACUGACAUUAGAAUGAGGCCUAGAGAGUGAUAGGAUGAAAGAGAUAGAGAAGAGGUGAAAAAAGGGAACUAAAGCACAUCUGCCAGACCAUUCAAGUAUUUUCAAACUGUAAAUAGCUUUGAGAAACGUCUACAUAAAAAGAUUGUAUUUUUUAAUGGAACUUUUAAUAGAGAGUGAGAGAAACUAUUAAUUCCCUCUGAGUAGCCUUUCUCAUGCCUGUAAAGUUGACACAAAAUGUGUCUAGUUUUAGGGGGGUAUAAUGUACACCUUUUAAAUAUAUAAAUAAAAUGAUAAUAAAAGUCACUGUAUUAUAUCAGAAAA